ACUUUACGCUUCCUCAGGCACCACCAAGUAAGUGACACAGAAAACCUUUAUUUCUUGCAAAGAAUAACAUCUCUCUGCCUUAGAUCGUCAUCAACGACCAAUCAAUCACAGGCAACAUGUCAGCAAUCCUAGUAUUCCAAUUUGUGUAAUACCCAGCAUCCUACUCUACAACUGUUACCUCUACCUGUACUACACCCACCCAACUUGAGUCAAUUGCACAAUGGCUUCCUCAUUCUUCAGGUUCACCAGUCUUCCCACCGAGUUGCGCUUACAAAUAUGGGAAGCAGCUCUCUAUGAUGAAAGUGAGGACCGGCUCGUACCCAUGUGUAUCGCUGAUCUCAAGCUCAUCUACAAGCAAGAGGUCUCACGCGUAGAUACCCCUCCUAUCCGUCUCUGGUCCGGGAAAUGGCUCGCGUCUCCUUUCCUAAGCGUCAAUCGGGAAUGUCGGCAGACAGCCAAGGCCUUUUACAACUUCAUCGAUGUCCAUCGCAUUCCCCUAGAUCGCGAUCACCCGUUUCUAACAUCUGCCGGGCUACUCUAUCUCAAUCUAGAUCGGGAUAUAUUCAUCAAGCACUAUAACUCUUGUCCGACCGAACCAGCGUGGUCGUUGUUAGAUGACUUCAUCACGGGCAGCGUGAGCACAAAAAUCAAGUACUGCACAAGCCCCAUGGGCCAGGUCGACUGCGAGCGCGUCCGACGCAUUUGCACAGCUGUAAGUGGUCACCAGGAUGGUAUCAGCCCCUAUCCUAACAGGGACCUAUACUAUCCUAUGUGCCUUUGCUACUGCAAGCGUAGAACCCAUCCGUGUGGGCUACCCUACAACUACCAUUACGCCAUUUGGGAACAGCAAUUGUGGCCAUUCUCAAAAGCUACAGCGCGCUUCGAUAUGGAAUUUGACUAUGACAUGAUGGAGUGGGGGUCGCGCGAUGCGGAUCCCGGUUUACACGCCGCGAUGGUCGAAUUCAAUACAGACUCAAAGAGGCGAUGGCGGAGUGAACUUGAUUAUCAGACAUCGGCAUGACGAUGUGUCCGUUUGACGCUCAUGCUCGCAUAUAGCGAGGUGUCGGCAAUGAAGUGGCGAUUUGACAGUCGGGCCGCUACGGCUACAGACAGAAUUUUUAGAUGGGUUUAGUACCAGACUAGGUAUCUGAGUCUAGACACAAUGAAGACAUCAAACCCCCGAAGAAUCGCUAGGCGUACAAGUGAAAAGGGAUAAAAAUGAUUCCUU